AUGGUGAACACUGGCUCUGUUACCGCAAUUGGAGAGAAAGAUGGACCGAUUCUCCUCGCAGGUGCUUCUCAGAGGCAGCGAGGUGAGUCUUCGCGGUGGAACCGUUUUGAGGGUGGCUCGAGCCCGCUUCAGAUGGUCGUCUGUCAAGUCGAACGUAGGACCUACCUUGGACGCCUUGACACUCGGCCGGAUCGAUGUCUAAAUAAUCGUAUGAUAGCAUGGUGCCAUGUUCACAGGUCUACGGAGUUGGUGUCCUCGAAGUCGUCCAAGAGGACCAUCAAAAUUCAAUACUAUCACUAUAGAGGUCACUGA